AUGUUUUGUUGCUCAAAUGUAAAAAAGAAAUCAGCACAAUCAGCUCAAAAUAAGCUGAAUAAUCAUCAACAUUCUCUAGAACAAACUCUCAAUAUUAAUGACGAGGCAUUCACAUUUCAUACCACUAUGCAAAUCUAACACAUUAAUACCAUUCCAACCUAAAAGAUUACUCAAGACUUAUAAACUAUUAGGAGUAGCAGAUCGAAUAGCAGAGGGACUAGAAAUAAUGAUCAUGUGGCAUAAUCAAUUCUUGUAAAACCUUUCAGAAAAACUCCUUUUCUAACUUUCAACAAAAAAGGAACUGAUACUACAACCAAAUAUCUAUCUACAAAACAAGGAUAUACUCUUCUUCUUACUAGGACUACUCAAUGA